UACCCAUCAUUUUCAUUAAAGAAUGAAACCCUUCUCCCAUUUCCAGGGACACUACUGUCUCUAUAAAUACCCUUAUCAUCUUACCCCAAUUAUUCGAUCGGAUCAGAUCAAGAAUUAACCAGCCAUGGAAGCCCAAUCCCAAACCCUGAGUUCAAACACUACACAUUUCAGGUCCAUCAGUUUACCUGCUAGAUUGCAUCACCCCAAUAAGACCCUCCAGAAGCUCAAUUCUUGGCAGGUUUCAGGACGUAAUUAUUCAUCGGAUAAACAAAGUUCUGAAAUUACCUCAGAGGAGAUCUUAUCAGAUCUGUGUAGGGUUGAGGAACUGUACCGCACUGCACAGGAACUCACUGUAGAGGAAUCCCGCCUUCUUCCUCGCACCUCAAUCGAUGAGCUUCUUACAGAAUCAGUCGAUUUAAUGGACGCUUGCAGUGCUAUUAGGGAGCUGUUCCAAACCCUCAGGGAAAUCGUCCGCCGCCUUCAGUCGGCGCUUCGCCGGAAAGGUCUGGACGCCGCCGCAGUGCAGCCGGACAUAGCCGCGUACUUCUCCUGCCGGAGGAACACAAACAAAACCGCCGCCAGGACGUCGAAAUCGCUAAAGAAUUUUAUGCAGAAAACCGCCGGCGGCCGCCACGGCGACCAUUUCCGGGAAUUGGCGGGAGCCACAAUUAGGGUUUUCAGGAGCAUUUUAGGGCUUCUGAAUCCGGCCGCCGGAGAAGUCAAUUCCGGUGGCUGGCCGCUGGUUUCCAGGCUGAUGGCGACGAAAUCGUCGCCGGACGGCGGAUUAAUGGUGAGCGAGAUCAGGAAUUUGGAUUUGGCGGUGAAAUCGGUGGUGGGGAAGAUGAGGAAGAACGAAUCUAGGGUUCAUGUGUAUGAUGAUGUUGAUGAUCAGGUGCGGCGGGUGCAUGUGAGCCUCCAAGGCGCCGAUGACGUCAUCGGCGAGAUCGACGCCGGAUUGGACAGAUUAAUGAGGCAAUUGGUGCAGACCAGAGUUCACCUUCUUAAUAUUCUUACACAUAAUUUGUGACACAUUGAUAUGACCAAAAUUAAUCUUUGUUCACAUCCAAUUUUUGUAAUUAAUAUACGUGGGGAAUUAAUGGAUAGUACUUACGAUUGAUACUUAAUUUGCAAAUCGUGUGCACGAUCUCAAUAUUAG